AACAGAAGAAAACGCAGAUGCUGACCCUGGUCAAGAAACAGUAAUGCUGAGGUGCAUCCAGAGACAGAAGAAAGACAUUUGGGAGAAAAUGCAAGAAAUAUUAGAGGGGAUGAAGCCUUUGCCAGGCAAAUCCAGAUGAUCAAUCAACAGGAGCAAGAGAGUGAGGCAGAAGUUAAUAUUUUUAAUAUUGACUCUCAGUACAAGUAAAGAGGAUGUUCAGCACAUGGAUUUCGCUCCUGAGUCAGAAGAGGAUCAGCUUACUUAUAAAUAUAAUUGACCUGUCUGACUGAGAUAUUUUGAUAAAAUUCUCGCGGGAAAAUGCUGAGGAAACUACCUCUGACAUCUAUGAAUUGGUGACUUCAUACAAAUGGCAGAUCGAAAUAAACAUUACAAAAUGAGGUGCCCAAUGUGAAAUCAUGAAGAGCUCAACUUACAGGAUGUCAACCCUGACGAAGAAGUCAAGAAAUACGGCAACACAUUUAUCAGUGCUAAAAAUUUAAAAGAAACUUUAAAGGGAAUAUGUGAUAAUGAUGACAAGAUUAUUUUUAUGAAAAUGAGCAAGUUUCUAGAGCAGAUUCAGCUGAGACAAGCAUCAAGUGCCAAUAACUUUUAUCCAUCUAAAUUAGACACUGAGUUUGAUUCAAAAGAUAAUAUUGCUAAUUUGCAGCAUUCUUUAGAGCAAAAAAACAAAACUCUUCAAGACUUUGACAAGAUAGAUGUAGAAGGAUUAGGAAUAAAUAUUAUAACCUCUCAUGAAAGACCUGGUGCUUCCAAUGAUAGUAUAAACUAUCGAGAUGACUUGGAGGAACAAAAAGAUAUGAUAAAAAUGUCACCACACAAGUCAAUAUUUUCUCUCAAAGGAAACGAAUCUGGGAAUUUAAGAGAGAUAUUGAGCGAUCAUCAAGAGACAAAGAUGAAAGACUUCAAUGAUCAAAAUCAAGAAGACAACCGAGCAUACAUUGAUAUGAGUAACAAUACAUAACUGGUUUUCAACAAA